CGCACAAGAUGGCGGCGCGGGCGGUCCGGAGCGUCCGGCACUGAGGGGCGCGAAGGGGCGCGGAGGGGGCCGGGCGGGAGGGAGGCUCCCCCAGGGCCCCCCCAGGGCCCGCCGCUAUGACCUACACGGCGGAGCAGCUGGAUGGCGUGCGGCGAAUAAAGCGGUGUCGGAAUUACUAUGAAAUCCUGGGGGUGGAGAGGGAUGCCAGCGAGGAGGAUCUGAAGAAAGCUUACCGCAAACUGGCCCUGAAAUUCCACCCUGACAAGAACCGCGCCCCCGGGGCCACGGAGGCUUUCAAAGCAAUAGGCAAUGCUUUUGCAGUUCUGAGUAACCCAGAAAAACGAUUACGAUACGAUGAGUUCGGCAGUGACCAGGAGCACGUCAGCACCAGCCAGCACAGGCACUACAAUUAUUACACAGAGUUUGAAGCAGACAUUACACCUGAAGAAAUCUUUAACGUGUUUUUUGGUGGGCACUUCCCUACAGGGAAUAUCCACAUGUUCUCAAAUGUAGCCAGAGAUUCACACUAUUACCCACGGAGGCACCGGAAUGAGAGAGCGUGGACACAGGAGCAAGAGGAGGAAGAAAACAGACCACAGAACUCCUACUCUGCAUUUAUUCAAUUGAUGCCAGUUUUCAUCAUCAUAAUAGUGUCAGUGAUAACCCAGCUGAUGGCCACAAACCCACCCUACAGCCUGUUCUACAAAUCGUCUACAGGCCACGUUGUUAGCAGAGAGACAGAGAACUUGCAGGUGCCUUACUAUGUUGAUAAAAACUUUGAAAAGAAUUAUCAAGGAGCAGAACUUCAAGAACUAGAGAAAACUGUUGAAAAAGAUUACAUAGACUAUAUUCAGACCAGCUGCUGGAAGGAGAAACAGCAAAAGUCUGAUUUGUCAAAUUUGGCCAAGCUCUACAGAGAUGAGCGAUUAAAACAGAAAGCAGAAUCACUGAAACUUGAGCACUGUGAGAAGCUCUCCAGUCUGAUUGGGAUGCACAAAGGGGGCUGACCAGUACACACACAUCCUAGAGUUUUAUUUAUUGCUGUUUUAACUUAUGUUUUUAUUUUCCUUUGUCUAAAAAGGGAAGGAGGCUACUGUAAAGAGUCUGAACAUUCAAUUUCUUUUCUGCAUAUUGUGCAGAGCUGGGCCGACACGGGCUGCAGAGCUAGUGUUUGCUGUAAUAUACUGUAUUCUGUAUUGGUUCCAAGGACCAGUGGCACUUUGUAAAUUAAUUCCCUGGGGAAUGCUGUUAGUUUGGAGCCCAUCUUCAUCGGUAGUUUGCCUGCCAUCAAACAGUGUAACAGUGUGCACGUCCCAGGAGAGCAGACAGAUGUCUUGGUUUCCUGUCUCCAGCCUGGACCUGCAGUUCACUGUCUCACCGGGGCAGUGUGAAGCACGCUGAGCCCCUGUGCUGGUGCCCAGAGGGUGUCCUUGCUUCUGCAGCCCUCUGGGAGGAGGAUUUUGGUGGAAGGCAGCGGUUUGUUUCCUCCUGGAGUGUAACACACCACGCUUCCUUCACCUGCUGGAGGGGAGCACUGGAGCAGCUCCCAGCUGGUGAGACAACCCGCUGCGAUGCUGACAGCAGCACUGCACAGGAGGAGGAGAGCCUGUGAACUGCACCAAUUCUGAUGUCUGCCAACCUCUAGAGACAGGACAACCCUCUCUUUAUUUUCUCAUACAUUUCCAGUGGCAUAUUUUUUAAGCUGGCUGCUCAAUUCUGAUUUUUAUCUGCAAACCCUUCUCCAGCUUUACAGGGGUCCUGCUUUUUCUGGUACCAUUUUGAUGUAGCAUAUUUUUACUCUGCUGAGCAGUAAUGGAUGUUUCACUGUAUAGAUUAGUAUUGUAAAGAAAAAGAUCCAUGUGGUAGUGUCCUUUUUUUUUUAUUUUCCUGAUCCUUAUUUAUGAAAGCAGGCAGGCUGAGGAGGGGUUGUACUCAGCAGCAGCAGAGAUAGAGUGUUAGUUACUCCAGCUGAGCAUCCUUAACCUCCUGAGCCCCUUUCUCUGGUGGGGUGCCACAAGUGUGUACCACAUGUGGAACAUGUUUGUACAAAGGACAUCUCCACACAGUGCAGGCACUGAAGGUGCAGGUGCUGGAGGUGCACUGCUCACCUCUCUGACCUGGAGGAAAGUAUCUGUUCAAACCCAAAAGCUCUCUGUUGUCUCCUCAUUACAACUCGCUGCAGCUAGCACAGGAUGCCACAGAUGGCCUUGGCUUAGACCUAGGAACCAAAGAGCUCAAAAGUUUGAGAAAUGCCAGAAUUAAAACUGCUUUUAAAGCUUAGGCUUCCCAGGUGCCUGGGAGUUACAGUGCUGUCACACACUGGUGCUCUGUCCCGUGGACAUUUUGUAUCAGACAACUGGUACUGAGCAGUGACUGGAGGUACCAGAAAGUGUCCCCUUGGUGUCCCUGUCCUGUCCAUUACAGCAGUGAGGUUGGCAGCAAACAAAGGCAGAGCUGCAGGAAGAGAAGCUUUUCUGGUGGUGUUUGUCUUGGUUUGGAGACUAAGGUUUGGUCCUUCUGCAGAUGAGACACGGACAUCUGCAUCAUUAGACCACUGCAGUGAUACUGAUGCUAUGAAAUGGUGGCAUGCUAAAAAAACUAACAAAACC